GAGAUGGGAUGAAUGCGUACAUGGCCUACAGAGUGUCGAUCAAGACGUCCAUAUCUCUGUUUAAGAGCCAGGAGUUCUCAGUGAAAAGGCGUUUCAGUGAUUUUCUGGGUCUGCACAGUAAACUGGCCUCCAAGUACCUGCACAUAGGCUACAUCGUCCCCCCUGCGCCAGAGAAAAGCAUUGUGGGGAUGACCAAGGUGAAGGUGGGGAAGGAGGACCAGUCGUCCAACGAGUUUGUGGAGAAGAGGAGAUCGGCACUGGAGAGGUAUCUGAUGAGAACAGUGAAGCAUCCCAUCCUGCUGAAGGAUCCCAACGUGCUGCAGUUUCUGGAGAGCUCAGAGUUGCCGCGGGCGGUCAGCACUCAGGCUCUGAGCAGCGCCGGUCUCCUGCGGAUGGUCAACAAGGCCGCAGAGGCCGUCAACAAGAUGACCAUCAAAAUGAACGAGUCAGACGCUUGGUUUGAGGAGAAGCAGCAGCAUUUUGAGAACCUGGACGUUCAGCUGAGGAAACUUCAUGCCAGUGUGGAGUCUCUGGUCUGUCACAGGAAAGAGCUCUCGGUGAACACGGCGCAGUUCGCCAAGUCGGCGGCCAUGUUGGGGAACAGCGAGGACCACACAGCUCUGUCCCGGGCUCUGUCCCAGCUGGCCGAGGUGGAGGAGAAGAUCGACCAGCUGCACCAGGACCAGGCCAACGCAGACUUCUACCUCUUCUCUGAGUUACUGGGGGACUAUGUCCGCCUCAUCAUCGCCGUCAAGGUACGACCCUUACAAAUAAAUGACUGUCUUAAUUGCCAAACUACUUUUGAGGUUAGUUUUACAAACCCUCUGUUUGUGUUCCAGCUGGAGGGGAAGGUGGAGCAGGGAGAAAGAGACUUUGAACAAAUCUCCAAAACUAUACGCAAAGAAGUCAGCAGGUUUGAGAAAGAGAGAGUGACGGACUUCAAAGCGAUUAUAAUCAAAUACCUGGAGUCACUGGUUCAGACACAACAGCAGCUGAUUAAAUACUGGGAUGCUUUCUUACCCGAGGCUAAGGCCAUCUCAUAGAGUCCGCACCAACACAACAGACAGUCCUGAAUGGCUCCGGUCAAACUACACUACCCAUAAUGCACCGGGCCUCCCAGUUCACCACCCUCCUCCUGUUUAUGUGAAGAAGAGAAGAGAAGAGAAGACAGUGAAUCAGCUCCAAGGAUCUUUUCUGCGGUUUAAAAAAAAUCAACAACAAAACUCUCUUGAAUUUAUCAUUUUUUAUUCUUCUUUUUAUUUUCCGAACUCAGUGUUGCGUUCGCGUCCAUGACCUGAGAUAUUGUUUUUCUCCUACUUGAUUCUUUCACAAUAAUACUGUUAGAUAAUUUUAAAGUUUCGCCCUUCACGUACAAUCUCCUUCUAAGGCCAAAUUCCUAAUCAACAAUUUGAGUUUCCAAUUUCAUGUAAUGCUGCAUUGAGUUUUAUUUUCUAGCCUGAAGCUUAAAAUCCUGUACGACAUGAACGCAGCAUGAGUUAUGGCCCUGGUGAUGGCUUUCUUCUCCUCACAGAUUCUAACAUGGUGUCACUUUUUACAAAGUAGAGCUCUUUUGUUCCCACCAGACGCAAAGGGGAUGGGUGAAUGUGGAGCAAUCUCUCUGUUAAAUAGUAUUUGAGUUGAUUUUGAAGGAUUGUUCUUGAAGUUCCUCAACAAAGACCGAUAUCCACACCCCAAGGUCAAGAUAUGAUUCGUUUUCUCCAUUAGUUUGGCCGUUAGAUGUAUGAAAGCACAUUACUACGGUGGCUAACAGGUGCAAAAGAGCUACAAUGGCCCAAAACAUUUCCAUUAGAAGAAACAUGUGCACCUUCAAAAACGAUGCAAAUAUAAAAACACAACAUUUUUUCCAAAAGACAUGAAAAUGAAGAAACAUCUUCACCAAGUUGACGAAAUGUGCAUCAUUUAGAAAAUGAUCACCAACUGGUAUUUUUUAUAUUUGCAUCACUUCUGAAUAUAAGCUUGUUUCUCCUAUUCUAAAUGUUUUUGGCCGUUUGCACCUGUCGGCCUCCGUACUUUCCCGCCAUAAAUAUAUCAAAUGUAAACAAUUAUUGAAAUGGUCCGGGUGUCAUACUGAAAUGUGGUCAAAUAAAAACUGGGAAGUCAAGAGUUGUAGCACAUACAGAAAAACAUCUACAUGUUCCUGCAAUUUCCCUCCGGGCAACAAAAUCCUGAAGCUAUGAUUGGAUGUGUCUGGCUGCAGUGUUAUCUGGGAAUUGUAGUUGACUUCUCCCCUAAAUGUUGAACCUUCUGAUUUUCUUUUCUAAAGAAACAAAUGUCCUCCAGCUGUGUUUGAAACCAGGAAUGUGAAAAUGUUACUGCAGUUAUCCUGAAGUAUGAGCUAUUGAAUUCCACCUGUAAACAUUUCAACAUGAUAGGAUUUUUCCAACAAAAUCUCCCCAAAUCAAACCUUGGAGUCUAAA